AGCAUGUAACGUAGGCACGGGACUAACGGGCGCAUAUUUUCAAAAUGGAAGAAAUUGCAAAGUUUUGGAGGGCGACGCUGGAACAACUCCUGUUUGCCGUCUGACGACUCCAGUUCGGACUAUCGAUGCACUUAACCGAUCGGGGAAAAUUAAAACCAACCCGCCGGCAUCUGUGAGAGGAACAGCGGGCAUUAUGAGUGUUUCUAUCGGCGAGAAGAUCGAGGACUUCAAGGUUCUCACACUCCUUGGCAAAGGCUCCUUUGCAUGUGUUUACCGAGCAAAAUCAGUGAAGACUGGUCUGGAUGUUGCUAUUAAAACGAUUGACAAAAAGGCGAUGCACAAAGCUGGCAUGGUCCAACGUGUGACGAAUGAGGUGGAGAUUCAGUGCCGACUUAAACAUCCUUCAAUACUUGAGCUGUACAACUACUUUGAGGACAGCAACUAUGUAUACUUGGUGUUGGAGAUGUGCCACAAUGGAGAGAUGAGUCGGUAUCUUAAAGAGAAGACGAUGCCUUUCUCUGAGGAUGAAGCAAGACAUUUCAUGCAUCAAAUAGUGAAAGGAAUGCUUUAUCUACACACCCAUGGCAUCUUGCAUCGGGACCUGACCUUGUCAAACCUUUUACUGACGAGCAACAUGAACAUUAAGAUCGCAGACUUUGGCCUGGCCACGCAGCUCAAACUCCCAAAUGAAAAGCACUUCACCAUGUGCGGCACACCCAACUACAUCUCUCCGGAGGUGGCCACUCGCAGUGCUCACGGCCUGGAAUCGGACGUGUGGUCGCUGGGGUGCAUGUUCUAUGCCUUCCUAAUGGGUCGCCCUCCGUUUGACACAGACACGGUGAAGCACACGCUGUCUAAAGUGGUUCUCGGGGAGUAUGACAUGCCCAGUCAUGUCUCUCUGGAGGCUCAGGAUCUGAUCCAUCAGCUGCUGCAGAGGGACCCCGCCCAUCGACCCAGCCUCUCAGCAGUGCUUGACCAUCCAUUCAUGACACACAGCCUGCUGGUCAGGAACAAGGAGCUGGGUCACGGGGAUGAAGGGUCCAUAGACAGUGGCAUUGCCACCAUCUCCACAGCCUGCACCUCUUCAACCUCAGCUAGCAGCAACAGCCGGCUCCAGAGGAGAACCAGGCACAUGAUUGGCUCUGCCCUGCCUAAUCGCAUGGCACCAAUUUCAAGUCUUCCACGCCAACCAAUCAGGGACUGUUAUGAGGAUGGAGACCAGUGGCAGCAGCAUCACCCUGAGGACAGGUUUCACAGAGAGGGCAGGAGCAGAGGAGGUCACAGUGGGGAAACAGGACAGCCUCAUUCUCGCUACCUGAGGAGAGCACACUCCUCCGAUCGCUCCAGCUCUCGUGGAUCAAGUCAUGCUGAGCUGGGGAGAUGCCACUCCGAGGAGACGCUGACGGAUGUAGGACGGCCAAUGUUCCCCACAACGUCCACUCAGCAACCGUUUUCAGAGCGAGGAAGGCUCCCGUCUCCUCCUGUCAAACAGUCAGCGAGUUCUGGGUACUUAUCCACACGGACUGCACAUCCACCAAGCCUUCAAUUUCAAGACCUGGAGGGAGUCACUAAUUGGCUCAAUAAUGACGGCUCUGGGCACAGGCCCGCAGACAGCAGCACUCACAGCAGCGGUGGCAGCUUCCACAGCAGCAGAGGACCCUUAGGCAUUCACAACUCCUGGUCAGAUGAGCCCACGGGCCGAGGUGUGAACCCUCAGCAAAACCAGCACCACAUGCAUCACAACCUCCCCUCAAACUCUGACUCGUACAGAGAAAACGUACCCGGAGCAGAGUUCCAACCUCCUCAUAGCAGAGAGUUUAAGCUCCCAUCAGUCAAGCCAAGUGUGGAUAAAGUGAAGAAAACACUGAGAGACAUCAUCCCGCCUCUGUGUGCGGCCAGACUGAAGCCCAUCAGACAGAAGACCAAAAAUGCUGUGGUGAGCGUUCAGGACACUGGUGAAGUGUGUAUGGAGUUAUUAAAAAACCAAGGUGGUCAAGAACGGGUCAAGGAAGUUCUUCGGAUUUCAUGUGAUGGUUCAAUGGUGACGAUAUACCAGCCUAACGGGGGGAAAGGGUUUCCUGUCCUCGACUGUCCUCCUGCUCCUCCAGAGGAUAUUCUUAUUUGUAGUUAUGAAGACCUUCCAGAAAAAUACUGGAAGAAGUACCAGUAUGCUUCCAAGUUUGUGCAGCUGGUGAAAUCCAAGACUCCAAAAGUGACACUGUACACGAAGUAUGCCAAAGUGAUGCUGAUGGAGAACUGUCCCAAUGCAGACCUGGAGGUUUGCUUCUAUGAUGGAGCAAAGACCCACAAGACCUCAGAGCUGGUGCGGGUAGUGGAGAAGAGCGGGAAGUCUUGCACAGUGAAAGGCGAGGUGGGGCUGAGCGGCCUGAGCCCAGAGAGCCGGCUGUACGUGGAGCUCUCUGACGAGGGUCACAGUAUGUGUUUGUCUCUGGAGGCUGCCAUCUCUGCAGAGGAGCAGCGCAGCACAAAGAAAGUCCCUUUCUUCCCCAUCACCAUCGGCAGGAGGCCUGUCCAGUCAGACUCGGUAUCCCUACCAACACAGCCCAUGCCUCCUGAAGCAGCAUCGCCUCCUCAACCUCCACAAAUCACUCCUUCAAUGAUCUCCUACAACGGCUCUGAUUUCACCACAGCCAGCCUGAAUAAGAAAAGCUCCCCAGUACGGCAGGAGUUGUUGCAAAGCACAGGAAAAGUGGUGAAGUCUAUCUUUGUGCCUAACGUUGGAUGGGCAUCCCAGCUGACGAGUGGAGAGGUGUGGGUGCAGUUCAAUGACGGUUCUCAGCUGGUGGUUCAGGCGGGAGUUUCCUGCAUCACCUACACGUCUCCAGAGGGGAGGAUCACCAGGUAUAAGGAGAACGAGAAGUUGCCGGAGCACGUGAAAGAGAAGCUGCACUGUCUCUCCACCAUCCUGGGACUGUUGGCGAACCCGACGGCACAUCACCUGCAACCCCACUGACAAAACAAACUCUCAGCAGUGAGCAGAAAGUAGCAUUAGAAUCGUCUGUUGUCUGGUGUUCCUGUAAAUACAUCUGUGUUUUUUUUACAUGUACAGAAGACUAAGAUUAUGAAAAUAUAUAUUUUUAUGUUAAAAGUUUUGUAUAGAGUCUGAACUGGCCUUGUUGGAUGAUGUUUGUUUCCUGACGUGUGUGUCUUUUUAAGUGUGUCUCCGAUAAUAUGAAAUGUGCAGAGCUGAGACAAUAAACAUCUGGAGGCUGGGUGGAGAAAUUCUGA